AUGACGACCAACCUACAGCCCAGGCAGACAUCAAUUCGGCCCAGAACCGUCCAUGAGCAGAUCCGCGAGGGUGGGUUUGGUCUGUGCGAGCCACAGAAGGUCCCGGAAGGCCUGCCUGGGGCUGCAUCCCAGCGACGCUAUGAACAACAUAACGGCGUCCUCCGCGGCUUCGAUGGGCCAAUGGGGCGCAGAGACGGGGGCUGGGCACAGGCAUUGAAGGCCGUCACGCCGCCAGAUCGGGCGCGGUGCAAGCGGCGUGUCAAUGAAGCUCCGAGACGAGGGAACGCACGAACUGGGUGUUAUAGCGAGUCGCGCCACUUCGCCAGGGUCUUCCUGGGACCAGCAGGCUCGAAGUGCCUCAUCGGCUCGGACAACCAACACGAUUCUGGCGCAAAUCAAGACAACGCGAAGCCUGUGACCUUCGGUCGAGUUACAUGGAUUGCGGCCGAGGCUGGCCGGGCAACACUCACCCUUCCACCCACCCUUGGGUCUGUGACACGGCGUUUCAAGAUCUUGGAGAACGCCGAUAUUUCCGCGCGGGUACAGGGAACACCUAGGAGUAACAAUACGAUGCGUGCUUCGUCCCCAUCCGGCUUUGUGGCCAACAAACCGGGGCGUCAGAAGCGAAGAAGACCCAAAACCCAAGACUGUCCCACGCGAGGGCGUUCCCCAAAGGCUUUCCCCAAAACAGCAGAAACGAACGGGGAACUAAAGAAGCCAAGCGAGCCGUAG